AUGCUCCCGUCCCGCCGCCACGCCCUACAGUUCCGGUCCAUCUGCCCGGCGUGGCGCGCCGUGCUGCCGUUCGCCAGGUACAUAGGGCCGUUGCUGAUGCUGCCCUACAACCGCGACUCGCCGGAUUGCCCGGUCACCUUCUACACCGUGGCAGACGGCGGGGAGACGACAUUCACCAGGAACCUCCCGUGGUUGCGCGGCAAGGCCAUGCUCGGCUCGUCACGCGGUUGGCUAGCCCUCGUGGACGACGAGGCCGCGUCAUUGACGCUUCUCAACCCGCUCACGGACACCACCGUCGAGCUCCCGCCGGCGGCCGAGCACGUCGUGGCGGCCUCCUUUAGUCAAGCGACGAUGCUCGAUGGGAUCCAGACCGUCAUCCUUCUUGCUGACGGCAACGUCAUCAAGCUAGACGAGCUGAAGAAGAGCACGAUGUUCCGUGAGAAAAAGAUGAGCGCGGUCUUCCGCCAGAUCGUGCUCUCCUCCUCCUCGCCUGGCUCCGGCGACUGUGUGGCGAUGGCGGCGCUCCAUGGCUCGAGCACCUUCGCGUUCUGCCGCGUGGGCGUUGACGUGGCGUGGAGCUUGCUUGACACCGACCUUGACUGCGUUGCCUUGCUCGUUCAUCUCCAUGGCAGCAGGUUCCUGGCGAUCCACGACGAAUGUUCCGGAAUGUUCAACAUCUGUGACGUUGCGGGUGCAGCUGCCACGGCUACACCGGUGCCGUUGUCUCCGGCUCCAAUAUAUCGCCGCCAUUAUAUGGAGGUGAAUGGCGAGCUGUACGUCGUCGGCACCAUGUUUCAGGGUUCCACCUACCUUCGGCAGGUAUACAAGAGCAAUGUCUUCGCCGCCACACCGAGUUGGACAAGGGUGGAGAACGCCGGUGAUCUGACAUUGCUCCUGUCAAGUAAUAUCACGGCAGCAGGCUACGCUGGAGCAGUAAGUGUCUCCGGGUUCAAGAGGAAUGCCGCCUACUGCCUAGCCUUUAGCUCGGACCGUGAUCAGUUUGAGUGGGAGAUCAUUGACAUCGCGCGUGGGACAUCGGAACUCCAGCCUUGUUCAAAGAAGAUUUUGGGUUCAGGGGCUCUUUGCUGGAUCCAACCGAAUUGUUGGACAUAA